GCUUUGGAGUAUUUGACGGUCACCGCGUGCCGCAGAAACCUAGCAGGAGACGUGUGCGCGAUCAUGUGCGUCCACGCGUUCCUCGAGCAAUGGGAUCUCAUAAACUACCAGAUCGACCCAGACCAGCGACCUGCUGCCCUCGCACCCCCUUUCACCGGCCACUUUUGCGUCAUCCUCGACACACCCCGUGGUCUCCAGUCUCUCCACCCUGGGGCACGGCCAAAGGAUCCGAAUGCUCAGGCAGCUGUCAAUGGCGCCACGAAGCCCUCCCCUACCCCCGCAUCUCUCGAGCUCCGGAACUCGAUAUACCAGACUUCAGCCAAGUCUUCGAGUCCUGUCUCCUCCACUGAGGCCGCGUCCCUUGCAAAUAGCGCGAAUGGGAUUUCCGGCGACAACCCCACGACCAUCAAGUACCAGUGCGACACCUGCGGCGUCAACUGCACCUCUGCCAGGUGUCACUCGCUUAAGCAGAAGAACUUUGAGCUCUGCCCACCCUGCUACCUUGAUGGCUGCUUCCCGUCCCACAUGUACAGCGGCGACUUUGUCAAGCUCACGAGCACCACCAGUGCUAACGGUUCCGCCAUCGAAGAGCAUGUUGGCACUCGCUCCGUGCAGCACUGCAUUCGCAAGUUCCUCCACCUGCCUAUCGAGGAUCCUUAUGUUUCCGCGGAGGGCGACUUUGGCCCUCUUCGUUAUGCGCACGUGCCGCUCGAACAAGCAGACAACCCCGUCAUGAGCGUGAUGGUGUUCCUCGCGGGUGUCAUCAGCCCCGGGGUCGCGGCGGAGGCCGCGAAGACUGCUCUUCAUCAGCUCACGGACGGGGACACGAAGGUGGCGCCUGAAGAAGACCAGAAGGAGGAGGCCGCGACCGCGCAGGACGACAUGCAGGUCGACGCCGAGUCGCAGGUGCAGUGGCGCGCGGUCAAGGUGAUCCCGCACUCGAAGGUUGUCCGCACGGCGGACCUCGCGCUCAGGUCCGCGUCGAAGGCAGCCGGCGCGCUCGCCGACGCGGAGGACCUCCAGAUCCGCUCGACGCUCGCGUCGCUCAUCAAGCUUACCCUUACGAAGCUGGAGCUGAAGACCGCACA